AUGAUGUCGCCCCACCUGCAUUCUGUGUAUGCCUUCAUUCCUGAGGAAGAAGAACCGAAGCAAAGAGAGACAAGAAUGGAGACGACUGCUGACCAACGCAAGUGCCACAACUGCGGCCAGUCCGGCCACAUUCGCCGUGACUGCUCCGAGAUUCCCUCGCAAGAGGGUGGAUUUGGUAGCUAUAAUAGCAACGCUGCGUGUUUCGGCUGUGGAAAAUCUGGCCACCUGAAGCGUGACUGCCCCACGAGUACAAGUGGCCGUGCGUGCCACAAUUGCGGCCAAGUGGGUCACAUCCGUCGUGACUGCGCUGAAGAUGUGCAGCCGCCUAAGUGCCACAACUGUGGCGAGUCGGGCCACUUGCGUCGUGACUGUGCUCAGGAGCUGCGCGAGUCGCGCAAGUGUCACCACUGCGGCCAAAGUGGUCACCUCCGUCGUGACUGCCCCGACGACAGUGGCCCGACUGAGGACAAGUGCUAUCAGUGUGGCGAGACCGGCCACUGGGCUCGCAAUUGCUCUGGCAUAACUGCAUAA